UGCGGCGGUUGGGCGGGGCCCAUCACGUCAGUCACCAACCAACCCGCGGGGCGGCGUUCAGUCCAACCAUCACGCGCCGCGUCCCCUCCGUUCGCCGCGCCGCCGCGCCAUGGCGGGGUGGAUCUCCUCCAAGCUCAAAGCCGCCGAGACCCUCCUCCAUCAGAUCGACCAGCAGGCGGCGGAGUCCCUCGGCAAGUCCCCCUCCGCCUCCGACCUCGCCGCGCUGCACCCCUCCCCCUCCGCCGACGCCUUCCUCGACGGGCCGCCCGCGCGCAGGCCGCCGGCGGCCGCCCCGCGCCCCUCCCUCGGCCUCCGCCCCGCCGCGAAGCGCCCCUCCCCGCCUUCCCCCGCGCCCCGCCGCUCCGCGUCCGCGGCUGCGGUGCUCGCGUUGCAGGAUCAAGCCGGUGGUGGGCCGCCGGUAGAGGUGAAGCCGGAAGGGGAUCGUGGGGAUCGCGGGGAUCGCGGGGACGGCAAGGGCGGCGCGUCUGAGAGCGGGAGCGGGAGCGAUGAUGAAUCGGAUGGGUCAGGGAGCGAUGAUUCGGAGGAUUCGGAGGAGGAGAGACGGAGGGAGGAGGAGAGGAGACGGCGGCGGGCUGAGCGGCUCGCGGCCAUGGCUGCACGCGCGAUCGCCGAGCGAGAGGAGGCUGUUGCGAGGCUCGAGGGGGAGAAAGCCGGCCUUGAGAAGCUGCUCGCCGAGCGUGAGAAGGAGCAAGCGCAGGAGGCUUCAGAGUUGCAGACUAGUAUGAUUGAAACAAUGGAAGCAGUGGAGAUGGAGAAACAGAGACAUCACAGCACUAGAAUGGAAGCCCUUGCUAGUUUGGCUAGACUUGAGGUCACAAAUGCGGAGCUUGCAAAAUCGCUUGCCAGGGAACAAUGGAAUCUGGAAGUUCAAGUAGAUCAAGUUGCCCAGCUUCGAGAGGAAAUUGAAACGAAGACGCUUGCUGUAGACAAAUACAAAAGAAAGCUAGCAAAGAUACAAAAGACAAGCACCCCUCCAGUUGAUGAAAUAGAAUCUUUGAGAAGGUUCAAGCUGGAGGAGGAAAUUAUUGAUGCAGAAUACACUCUGACAUGUGAUAGAAUUGUGAGCCUGAAGGACAAGGCAAGGAAGAUUGAAGAAAGUAUUGAGCUCACUAGAAGAAACAUGGUUCACCCUACAGAGGUGGAAAUCGAACUCAAGAAGAGGCUUGAUCAACUAACUGAUCGUCUGAUUCAGAAGCAAAUGCAGGUUGAGUCCCUAUCUUCAGAGAAGGCAGCUCUGUUGAUGAGAAUCGAGGCAGUCUCGAGAUUGCUCGACAAUAGCGCCUCAUCGACGGCUUCUACAAGCUCAUCAAGAAUAGACAUCGAAGCUGGUGCCUGGCAAGAAUCAUAUUCACCAAAGCUUCGUGACAGGAUAAGAGCUGGGCAGCAGCAGCUGGGAACCGCUAUCCGACAGCUCGAUUUGAUUUUCUCAGCAGGGCAUAUAUUCUUGAGGCGGAAUCCGAAGGCGCAGAUUUGGGCCUUGGUAUACCUGGUAUGCCUACACUUAUGGGUACUGUACAUACUAACAUCACACCCAGCAGUAUCAGAAACUCGCCCUGGUGCUGCUUUUUCUCUGGAGACAUUAAAUAAGACAAGUAUUUGAUGUUGUUUUUGCUGAUACAUCACUCCAGUCUACUCUACCUGUGUAAACGAGGCAUACCACUUUUUUUUCGGGUGGAGAAAUAUCUCAAUAGGAGAUUGAACUUCCAUGAAUAUUUAUGAUUGUAUCAUACAUUUCAUUUCCAUUGCUACUUUCCCCCUAAUGUCGAAUCAGAAUGUAAUAGUGAAACAUACAGAAUGAUAUUAGUUUCAUACAUGAAUUUGGAAUUACAAGUGAA